AUGUGGGUGCCCAUACCAAAUUCUGAAGCUGUGACCAAGGAGCAAUGUUUGGCAACAUUACAGAAAUGGUUUGAUGAAAAAGGGGAAUCAGUCUAUUGGGACCGGAUCUCUACUAUUUUAUAUCAAGUGGGACGACCUGAUGUUUCUAAAGAACUUGGAAGAAAUCUCAAUCAGGACAAAAUUCUGGAGAUUGAGAAGAACGCUGAUGAAUAUAAGCAAAAAAUGCUGGAUUCAUCUCUGCUUCUUCCGAAUGAAGAAUUUUCUGAAAUCGAUGCCAGGCAGAGAGAUGUUUUCAACUUUGAGGAUAUGGAUUGGGAUCUCAUUAUUGAAAGAAAGCCACGCCCACCUUACCAGCGAGCGCUUACCGAGUGGUGCUGGUACAUGUUAUAUGGUGUUAUUAUUGGAUUCCUGGGAGGAGCUGUAAUGGUGGUCAUGAUCUAUCUAUUGCUCUUCAGGGUUUUAAAGAUUGAUGGAAGAGAGAGAGAUUUUUACAAGAUUGUCUGAUAAUACAUGUCUGCA